GAAAUAAAAAACAUUAGUAAAAUACUGGAAGGAAUCUAUUGAUUGCUGAGUAAAAUAUGAAGGGGUUCCAUUUUGGAGAUUCUAGAUGUAAGAGGAGAGAACAAGAGACAAGAGUUGAGUUCAAUAGCAUGUGCUUUGCUCAACCUUGAUUCAUUAUCACUAACUAACUAACUCAUCAUUCUUCAAUGUCCUUUCCCUUCUAUUUCUACAUCUUUUCUGUUCUUUUCCUUACCUUGGAUCUCCCACCUCCUUCCCUGGCCGCAAACCACACCGUCCCAUGCCCCCUCCACGUCGACGUCCUCCGCGAGGUUGGCGGCGGGCGGCGGCCCAAGUUCGACUCCGGCACGCAGUGCCAUUACAUCCUCCAAGCCCUCCACCUCCUCCAGGCCGACUACCUCCGGCGCAGCAGCCUCUUCGUUCCGCCGUUGAACUCCUCGGAGUCGUGCUGGAAGACCUUCCAAUCCUUCAUCAACGAGUUCGACCCCAGCAUCACCGACAUCCGCGCCUCCUGCGGCUUCAGAACCGAGUGGAUCUCCCAGGGCUGCAUGAACUUCACCACCAAACAAGAAUUCGAAGAAAUUGUUCCCCCCAACGCAAUCCAACCCGUGGUAGCGGACUGCAACCAGCCCCUCGAUAACAACGCCCCCUGCGCCCUCUGCAUCACCAAACUCUCCAGCAUGUUAUCCUACUUAACCGGAACAACCGUAGGCAACGUCACCGAUUGCAGAGCCUAUACUCAAAUCUACGCCGCUUCUCUUUCUGAUCAAUACGGAGCCUCUGAUCCUGGAACAGCUAAGUGCCUCUUCGGUCUCGAUUUUUCCUCCUCCGGCUCCGGUGGUAAGCGACGAAAAAUCCUUAUUGCGGUCGUUUCCGUUUUCUGUGUGUUGGCUUUGGCUGUGUUUGCUGGGCUUUGGGCUUACUUGAGAUUCAAGAAGAGGAAGGAGGUUGCUGGAACAACUGAGCUGGGUUUGGGUUCUGGGUUGGAUUCAAUGAACCAGAGCACCACUUUGAUUAGGUUCACUUUUGAUGACAUUAAAAAGGCUACCAGGAACUUCUCCAGGGAUAACAUAAUCGGAAGUGGUGGUUACGGGAAUGUUUACAAAGGGAUGUUAUUGGAUGGUAGCCAAGUUGCUUUUAAAAGGUUUAAGAAUUGUUCUGUUGCUGGGGAUGCUAGCUUCACUCAUGAAGUUGAGGUUAUUGCGAGUGUGAGGCAUGUGAAUCUUGUUACCUUGAGAGGUUAUUGUACUGCUACCACCAAUUUGGAAGGCCACCAGAGGAUUAUUGUCACUGAUUUGAUGGAAAACGGGAGUCUUUAUGAUCAUUUAUUCGGUUCUGCUAAGAAGAAUCUCAGUUGGCCAAUUCGUCAAAAGAUUGCUCUGGGGACCGCUAGGGGGUUGGCUUAUUUGCACUACGGAGCUCAACCUUCCAUAAUCCAUAGGGAUAUUAAGGCUAGUAACAUUCUUCUGGACCACCAUUUUGAAGCCAAGGUUGCGGAUUUCGGGUUGGCCAAGUUUAACCCCGAGGGAAUGACUCAUAUGAGUACUAGAGUGGCUGGGACUAUGGGGUAUGUUGCUCCUGAGUAUGCCUUGUAUGGACAAUUGACAGAUAGAAGUGAUGUGUUCAGCUUUGGGGUUGUGCUUCUUGAGCUCUUGAGUGGGAGAAAGGCCCUUCAGACGGACAAUGAUGGCCAACCCGCUGCACUCACUGACUUUGCUUGGUCGUUAGUUAGGAAUGGUAGUGCUUUGGAUGUUGUUGAAGAUGGUGUUCCAGAACCUGGUCCACCAGAAGUUCUUGAGAAGUAUGUGUUGGUUGCUGUGCUGUGUUCUCAUCCACAGCUAUAUGCUAGGCCUACAAUGGAUCAGGUUGUUAAAAUGCUUGAGACAGAUGAAUCUGUGCCCUCAUUGAUGGAAAGGCCAAUUCCUUUUAUUGCUGGGAGGCUUGAUAUUCAGAAAUCUGCGCUGAGUAACUCGGGUCACCUAUGCAGUCCAACUGGUUAUCAAGCAUAUACAUUACAAGCUCGACGAAAAUCUAAUUCUAAGGAGGAAGAAGAAGAAGAAGAAGAAGGAAGUUCGGUGGCUGAGACUGUUACAACAGAUUGAAAUUGGGGAAAUUGGAUCGUUUUCCACUGGCUGGUGUAGGCAUGAUUUUUUUAUACAUUCAAAUUUUAGAUUGUAUCUUUUUUCUUUUUGAAGGUUUUCUGUUGUAAAGGGAAAAAAGGUGUCCAAAAUUUGAUUCUUUUUAGAGUUUAUAAAGGGACAUGGACAAUAGCUUCCUCUUGCUCUUGAACAGCCCUCACAGAUUGAACCUGAACACUCGCGAGAAGAACUUGAACAUGUUAAAGAACUUCCUCGGAUACAGGUUCUUGUUCUUCUAACUAAGCCACGCCACAUCUGGUACCGAAAACCGUUUGAUUUUCAUCUUGUGGGGUUUAUACUUUUUCUUUUGAGUGAUUCCAUGUCAUUCCCUCAGGAUGCAUCAUUUUUCUGAUUCUAAGUUAGCAUUUUUUUUUUCUGAUUCCCGCAGACAGAGAAAGGAAGGUCAAUCUAUAUCGUUAAAUUUAUUUUUCGAUUUCUUACAAAAUUAAUGAAAUAUAAAAUAGCCCUUGGAUCA